AUGGCAAUUGACAUAAAAAAUACUGAUACAACAAAUCUCUUAAGUAUAUUACAACGGGAAGAAGAAAUCAUUAUUAAACCUUUUCACCCUGAUACGAUGGAAAAGAAUGGAGCUGUUGAAUGUGGAAAAAUUGUAUCACGAACAAAUAAAAUUUUAUUUAAUUAUCAAAUUGGUGGUAAAAAACAUACGUCUAUACUAAGUUCAAUAUUAAAUCAUAAAAUUAUAUUAUUUCAUCCUAAAACGAAUCAGAAAAUUCUAGAACUCUAUUGUAAUCGUGUACCUUUCUUAUCUAAAAUAUCAAGUAAACAAAAUGUUCGAUGUAUAACAUCAUUGUCUAAUAGUUUUCAAUCAAUUGGAUAUCUUCAACAGAAAUUUGCUCUGAAUAAACUACGGUAUAAUGUAUAUAAUACUGAUUAUAAACAUGCGGUCAGUUUAAUAUUACGUAAAAAUUAUUUGGUAAAGAGAAUUCAACAUCGUGUAUCUGAAUUUGAAAUAAUUAAUAAGAAUGAAAUAUCAAGUAUUGGUCGUAUUUAUCCAUUUUCUACUGAUUUAGAAAGGUCACAAUAUGGACAAGCUGUAGCUAUAAAACUUCCACAAGAUAUGAAUGUUGAAUUAAAAGCCACAUUACUAAUAAGUGCACUUAUUCUUAAAUCACGAAUCAAUUAG